GCUGCCAGAUAAUAUAAAGAGGGACUGGCUGACAUUCAUGGUCAAUCCAAGAAAUGGAGUCACACUUGACAAUCACUUUGACAUCCUUCUAACAUUCUUAAAGACACAAGAGGACAUUCUAGAGAAACUAGACCAAUUGGGUGUUGGUGAAAAACCUGAAAAGAAAGCCACGUACCUGGAGAAAAGGUAUGCCCUCACAAAGUCCACGAGGAAAGGAGGAUGUGUUGUCUGUGGAGAUGAAAAGCACCGUGAGAAGAUAUUCUUUUGUAAGCAGUUCAAAGAACUAAAGCCUGGUGAGAAACUGAAUGCUGUCGAAAGGCUGGGAGCAUGCAGAAGAUGCCUCCGAUGUCAUGCAGAGGAUGAUGAAUGUACGGACACAUACCUGUGCAGGAACAGAGACUGCAGGAGAGGAAGCUCUUCAGAUCACCAUUUCUUUCUCUGCCUGAAAGGAGGAUUCAAGGGGAAAGAAUCUGUGAAAGUGGGAAAACCCAGCACUAGGAGGCAAACGUUCACAGAGGAGCAAGAGGAAUUAAUAUCUGAGCUUACCCCGGAUAUGGCAGAAAAAUUCAGGAGAGCCUUCACCAAUAUGGCUGCAAAAUCACACUGCACUGGAAGAAGCCUUCCUGGAGUGAUGGACUCAAGCAUACGUGAGUUACCAGUUAUUCUUAUGCUUCUCGAAGUAACCACCAACGCAGGACAGAAAAUUGGAACUCUCAUUGACUUAGCAUCAGAUACCAACUACAUCACUCAUAUAGCUGCCAGGAGACUGAAGCUUCAAAGUGAAAAGAUCACACUUGUCAUCCAUGGAGUUGGAGGUAUGGCCAUGAAGGUAAAGACUAAAAGAUACUUACUCAAGGUAAGAGUCAAGACACCUAGAGGCACGGAGAAAGCUCAUGAGCUGAUCUGUUAUGGGUUGGAUGAGAUUGCAAAAGUUCACAGAGUAAUCAAAGCGCAGCAACUCAAGAAGUUCUUCCCCGAUUCCAACCUGGAAGAUCUUCACAGACCAGAACACGUGGAGCUUCUCAUAAGCCACCGUGAAGGAAGACUUGCUCCACAGAGAGUAAAGGUAGUAGGAGAUCUUGUCCUGUGGGAAAGCCCUUUAGGAAAGACCGUUGGCGGAGCACAUCCAGACCUCUGUGAAGUAGUGGACAUGGCCUUGCACAAUUCUGAGACUCACUUUGCACGAUCGAUGAGAAUCACAGCAGUGAAGUAUCAAGAAAUUGCUGGGAUGCAGGAAUCUAGAGCUGAAACCAAAACCACUGUUAUUGGCAGAGAGUUCUUGGACUGGUGGAAGUGGGACAGCAUUGGUGCGGCCUGCGAACCCAUGUGUGGAGGAUGCCGGUGUGGUAACUGUCAACCAGGAGGCAAAGACAUGACUCUGAGUGAAGAAAGAGAGCUUGAGAUGAUCAGGCAAGGCCUCAGUUAUAUGAAGUCAGAUGCGCAUAGUCAGGAGCCUCAUUGGGACGCAAAAUACCCCUGGAUUGAGGAUCCAAGUUCCCUCCCCAACAACAGAAGCGCAGUGGAAGCCACAUUUCUGAGGAUGGAGAAACAGCUCAAGAAAGAACCAGAGUGGCGUGCAGCAUACACAACUCAAGUCCACGAGAUGGUGGAAAGGAAGGCAGCAAAGAAACUCACUAGAGAGACCAUUGCUGACUGGAAAGGACCAGUAUGGUACGUCAGUCAUUUGGUGGCGCCAAACCCACACUCUGUAACAACACCUGUCCGACUGGUAUGGAACAGCAGCCAGAAGUUUAGAGGAAUCAGCAUGAAUGACCUUCUCCUGAAAGGGCCUGAUGUACUUAAUCCCAUCCGAGCAGUGCUACUAAGGUUCAGGAGAGGAGUCCAUGCUGCCCUCGGCGACAUCAAGAAGAUGUACAAUUCUGUGUGGCUUGAAGACCUGGAGAUGCACCUCCAUCGAUUUCUCUGGAGAAACAGUGAAGAUGAAGAAAUUGAGGAAUAUGCCAUCACCAGGGUCAACAUUGGCGAUCGACCAGCAGGGUGCAUAGCACAACUGGCCAUGAGAGAGACAGCAAAGCUGCCAAUGUUCACUCAUCUGAAGGAGGAACGGAGAGUCAUUGAAGAGGAUUCCUAUGUAGAUGAUAUCCUGACAUCCCAUAAUGACCUGGAAAAGCUAGAUGAAACCACCAAAGGAGUCGAAGAAAUUCUGAAGGCAGGUGGAUUCUUCCUCAAGCCGUGGGUCCGAUCAGGCCAAAGUGGGAGGCAGACGUCUACAUCCGAACAUCCAGCAUCGUCAGAUGAAGUCCUCAUUCUCCCCAACCAAAUGAGAGAAGGAGACAACAAAGCCCUUGGAGUUGGUUACCUGGUUGAACCAGACAAACUGUAUCUUAUGACCUCGAUAAACUUCUCAAAGAGAAAAAAGAAGAUGAGAAUCAGCCAAAAUCUUGUCGGAGAAGAGGUAAGAAGAAAAACUCCAAACCCACUGACUAGAAGACAAUUGCUUAGCCAAGUAGCUAGUUUGUAUGACCCAAUAGGCCUUGCAACACCGGCCAAACAGAAAGGAGCCAUUCUAGUCAGAAAGGCAUUUCAAGAAGCUGGAGGCAAAACUCUAACACGAGACACAUGGGACACACCUCUGUCUGAAAGACUUAGAGAAGAAGCCAUCCACCUUUUUGAGGAAUACACACGCCUCAACCAAAUUACCUUCCAUAGAAGCCUAACACCAGUCAAAAGGAUUGGAGAACCCUGGGGAAUAACAUUCUCAGAUGGGAGCGACCAGAGCUAUGGAGCUGUUGCAUACUUCAGGUGGGAGACUGAGCAAGGCAUCCUGGUCCGGCUUGUUGAGUCCAAAGCCAAGCUCACACCACUUGACCAAAAGGGAAGAUGCACUCAGGGAUCUCUUCCUUGCAGCUCAAAAGGAGGUAACCUUGCCAGACACCACACUCAGCAGACUUGCUGUGGUCAAAGAGGAAAGCACUGGACUUUUGCUCUGUGGAGGAAGAUUCCAAGUCUUUAAUGAAGAAAAAACUGCAGUACCAAUCUUGCCCUGCACAUCCUGGGUAUCCACUCUUCUAGCUCAAGAAGCCCACAAGGCAAAUCAUGAAGAAAUCGCAGGCACACUCCUCCGGAUGAGAAGGAAAGCAUGGGUGGUAAGAGGCCGGAAAUUAGCUCAGAAGAUCGUUGAUAAUUGUGUGACAUGCAGGAGACUUAGGGCCCGAAGGUGCCAACAGAUUAUGAGUGACCUCCCAUCGGAACGAAUAACACCAGCCAAUCCAUUUGAGUACACGACAGUGGACUUAUUUGGACCUUACGAAGUGAAGGAUGAGGUGAGAAAGAAGGUGAAACUCAAAGUGUGGGGAAUUGUCUUCUGUUGCAUGGCGUCUAGAGCUAUGCACACAGACCUUGUCAGUGACCAGUCAGCUGAAGGCUUCCUGUUAGCCUACCAAAGAUUUACAGCACUGAGAGGACAUCCGAG